CCCUCAACGACAACACCAAUAAUUCACAACACCAUGACAAUCGUCGCUAGACAAUCACUUCGCAGCAGCGCAUACAGAAUCGUAGCACAAAGCACGCACAAUUAUUGCCCACGCCGCACAUAUGCUCAGCCCAUCGGAGCCUCCACAAGCGUCGAUGCACGAUGGGGUACUCAACCACCGCCACCACCUCAGCCUGGAGCUGAAGCAUCCUCUUCGUCCUCAGCAUCAUCAUCAGCAUUCGUCGUCCAUCCUAGACCAGACAACCCGAAUGAUCUGUCCGAUCUGCUCCGCGACCUGGGCAAGCAGCAAGGGAGCUCUGGCUCCACUUCACGCAGUGGCGGGAGAGAAGGCACAUUGCAGAGCGUCAAAGGUACGGCGAUUCCUCCUAAUGGGCCGCAGCGUCGCACUACAGGGGUUCCUACGGAUGACUUGCCGCUGAUGCCUGGGGAGCAGCGUAGUGAUCCAGUGAAUGCAACACCCAUUGACAGGGAGCACCCACACAGCAUCGACUCGCUGCGUGGACGCAACGAGCUAGACGAGCGCGUCCUCAAUGCAGCGCGAGGCGUUCACGCAUCAGGACAAGGAGCCGGGCUGCGUCAGCUCGGGCAGCUAUUCGAACAGGAGGCGGGGCGAGUCUUGCCAAUCGAGCUUCCUUAUGAAUCGGCUCCCGCAGAUGAUCGCAGAGUCCUCGUACCACGGACGGAUGCGAAUCAGUCGCCACACGUCCCGCCGGAGGUGACCGAUGACGAUGGUGUUCUGCUCCUCGCCUACGUCGAAGACGUCACAGCGCCUCGUGGUCAGGAGAAGAUCUCCGUCUGCACCGGCUUUGCCGUUGAGGGCGGGUCGGAGCUAUCGCAGGUCGCACAGGGCGAGGCAGAAGGGCACCUUGUCGUCACAGUUGCACACACGCUGCGCAGCGCCUUUGCUGCCAAGACGUCUCAGCAGGGACAGGAUCAGUCAGCAGCCAUUGCAAUUACUCGACGGGGCAACGUCUACCCGGUGCAGACGUUACUUUCCAGCUUGCCCAGCUCAGACUUGGUCCUGCUCAGAAUCGCCAAGGAGCCGCUGCCCGUGGGAGGCGAGGCGGCACAGUCCUCAACAGCAGCAGCAUCGUCAACGCCAGCUCUGGCGCCCAAGACUCUUCCAAUCUCCCCCUACCCCUCUUCCGCCAACUCUCACCUCCUCGUCUCCUCCUUCUGGGGCUUCGAAGACGAUUCAGCCUGCUCCCUCCCCGCCUUCUCUUACUCGCCUUCUUCCUCACCCUCUCUCACUCUUCUACCUUCGUCCUCUUCUUCGUCACCAGCCGGGCGUUCUGCCUCGCAAGUCAAGAGCGAGGGGGACGCCAUGACUCAGUCACGCUGGGGGGAGGUUAGACUCGUGGAGUACAGAGACGGGAAGGGCUCUGAGGCGCAGACGGGGACAUACGACUCGCUGGAGACAAUGGAGUAUAAGCUAGUCAGGGAGUCGAGGAUCAAUCCAGCUGUCUUGAGAGGAGAAAGCGUAAGCGCUUUUGUUCCCGGGGCAGCUCAGCCCGACAGCACCAGUCAAGACGGUGCCUUGAGUAACGCCACCGGUAGCUCCACCUCAACACGAGGCAUAGGCGGAUACGGCGUACCAAACUUUCCUCCACCCGGCUCGUCUGGCGGGCCAAUCGUUGACGCUCAAUCCGGCGCUGUGGUCGGCGUCACGCGGGGAUGUAAAAUGUCGACUGUAGGAGGAAGGAGAGGCGAGGGGAUCCCGUCGGAGAAGAUCUGCGAGUUCUUCACCUUGCCUGGGAUGGGAAAGAAGGUUAAGAAGUGAAGGGGGCUAGCCGGAUGAAGGCGGCCAGCGAGGAGGAAGGGGAAGAUGAAAAGGAGCCGUGAUUGCGUAGCAGCAUGGCGUAGCAUAGCAUGGCAUGGCAAGCGCAAGAGUAGAUGGCGAACCGCGGCAUUUGUUGUCCCACCCGCGGAGCUGGAUGCUCCAUCGUGAGAAAUCAAUUGCAGGACCGACCUCCCCUUGCCCAGU